GUGUGGCAGACGAUCUUUUGCGGACGCAUCUCCCAUCCAUCCAGAAGACCCCCCUCUUUUCUGGCGAGAGGUGUGUCACCGGAAGUCGUCUGUUAUGUGUGUUCGAUUAUCGUGUUUGAAGCAGCCUGUCCAGCAUUCCACUGAAGGUCGCCGCUGGACCGCUCAUCAGCACGCCGCAUCAUUUCAUCUUCCGAUCCACCCCUCUAAUAUCGUCUGCUGAUGGGGUAGGGAUGUGAGUGGAUUCCGAUUUUCCUUUUUUCAUGUUACUCACGCAGAAAUGCAGCAGCACUCCACCAAAUUCCCUGUAGGGGAGCAAGCGGUUCUUGGAAUACAUCCCGAAGUAUUCGAUUAUUCGGUUCCGCAACGGAAAAAGAGUUGAUUAUAUUUUGCAUUUUUAGAGCUACAGGAUGGACGCACGGAAGGGCCAGAACAACAGGUAUUUUUAUGUGAUUGCAAUCUGAACUCUCUCUCUCUCUUUCUCUAUCUCUCAAAUGAAGCUGUUCGAAUCAUGUUUCCUCUGAUGUAGAAUUAGGGUUAAAAGAAAAUAAUGAAGCAAACUUCGGACUCGUAUAGAAGAAGCUGCUCUGAGCUUAGACAGUCUAUUUUAAUUUCUCACCGGUCUAAGGCAGUCAUGACUUCUUAACGUAGAUUAUUUAAUAAAUAGACAAUUUUUCCGUUUUUAUAUGACUGAAUUUUUAAGAUAAGAAAAUUUUUUUGCAUAGUAGUAUUUUAGCUAAUAAAAGAAUAAAUAAAUGAAUAAAUAAGACACACUAUUUGUAGUGGUACCCUGUCAUAUAUUCCUCCACAACCAAAAUAAGAAAAUGUAAAAGUGCAACGAAGAAAACAAAUAUCUUCCAUUAUAGAAUGUUAUUAUUAUUAUUACUAUCUAGAGAACAAUGCAUUGUGAGCCGAGCAAAACAAUGUAGAAAGAAUACUAUUACAAAGAAACUCCUGCGAAGAAAUGAAUAAAUUUCACUGACGGCGCGAAAACUGCCUUCAGACUAGUGUGGUUUGUGCUUGAUUUUGAAAAAGUCGCCACCAAAGUAAUACAAACCAAAUACACCACUGCCACUUCUUUUUCCAUUUUCAUUCACUUCCUCCACGUGGGAGACCAUAACGCACACAUAUCCAACGGCAUCAAUAAUUCGUGUGGCAUUAUCCAGCGGUGCGGAUUGCUUAUCUAUGCUGGUGCGUGCCGUGACAUUUCUUCUUGGAGACGUGCCCCAGCCCUCGGCCAAUGCUGGUGAAGCCGAAGAAGGCCCCACGGGGCUGAGGAGGGCUGACUCGUGCAGGGGCGAACCAUGAUCAGGGCGUCUCUGAGCCUUCUGAGAGCUCUGACCCUGAUAGCCGCGAGUGUGGCCCUGGCCGCCCAAGCCAUAGCCAUCUGCUCCAACGCCUGGCUCUACAGUAUCGAACUGAUGCCCAACCCCCGCUACAACGGCACGGGGGACAGAGAACACCUGUCCAAGCACACCGUCUCGGGACUCUGGAGACUCUGCUACAAUGACCCGGGGAAGAUCCUGAUGCGCUGCGAGAACAUCGAUUAUUUUCCUAAAGAAGAAUACAGCCCGGAUCCGAACGAUUCCACCAUGGCAAUACCUUAUGCCGUGAAGCGCGCAUCCGUGUUCAUCUUCUCGAGCUGCCUCACCCUCCUGCUGGGUUACCUGCUGUGCGUGAUAGGGAGUCUGUGUCGGCGCAGGCCCGUCAUCUCCUUCGCAUCGGGGGUCGCCUUCAUACUCUCAGGUCUACUGAUCCUAACUGGAAUGGUGAUCUACAUCUCAACCUUCAAGUCGGAGGUGGGGAACAAACUCCGACCGAAGUCCUCGUUCCAGGGCCCGAUGUUCCGCUACCACUACGGCUACAGCUUCAUUCUGGCCGUGUGCGGACUCAUGAUGUGCGAGCUGGCGGGGGUCUUCACCGUCUUCCUUUUCAUCCAGUGGCACAAAGCGGACAUCAAGAAGAAGCAGCUGCACCACAGGCACCACCACAAGUACUGCCCGGACCAAGACCAGGUGCAGGGCUGCAGGCGGCACCGCAGAAGGAGUUCCAGGCCGGACAGCGCUGGGGCGCAGGGCGGCGGCGGCAGGAGGCAGACACUGCCCACCUCGGAGUCGAUGCGGGACCUCGCCUAUUACAACUUCCCGCCCUUCUCCCGGGACACCACCUGUAACACGGUGUCCACCUCGGCGGACAUCAACAGGGAGUACUCCAGGGAGUUCUCCUUCGAAAUCCUGCGGAGGACAACGCCCGUCUGACUUUUCCUCAGACUUAUCUAAGAGUAAUAAUAAAACAAAUAAAAACAAUGAUAAACAAAUUUUAUUAGUUCGUCGGUGCGGUUGGCCGCACAGAACUGUCAGUGCCAUUGAGUGGUAAAAUAUGUUCCACACACACACACACAUUAUAAUAAGAAACAUUUUGAGAUACACACUUUGUUAAAGAAAUGAGACAUUUUUAUACCUCGUUAAACUUAAUGCGAUUAAUAAACUUGAUAAUGAAACAUUUGGAGGCCUGGUAAGAUUGAAUGACUGGAAUUGUUGGAACCGGAAGAGGUAAAAUUUACGAAUAAAGAUCUGGCUUCUGGAAUCUGUUGGAUUUCUUGAAUUUUCAUAGCAAUUGAAGUUGAAUCUAGUCACUAAAUGAUUGCAUGGAAUAUUUAUAAAAUAGCCACUCAUUAAAAUGGGGUAUUUUAAAUGCUGCCAAUAGUUUUCUACUGAUUAUUGGAUAAUUGUUUUAUUUUCUUGAGAAUGGAACGCCCAUGUAAGAUGUAGGUAGCUGUUUGGUAAAUAAUUGUCUUUGUAACUGAGUAAGAAUUUUAACAAAUUUUCGAGAGAAAGAUAUAGAUGAGAGCAUAUUGACUGAGAAGACACUUCAUCGUCUGCAGAGCUUAAUUUGAACAUAGCAAAACAUUGAAAAAAGUUUCGAUAAACAUUAAAUGAUUUUUUUUCUUGUUUAUGUACAAUUUAUCAUCAGAUUACUUGAUAAUGUUUGAACAUUGAGUGUACUGUUUGGGUAGCAGUUUCUGAAGAUGCUCAAACUCCUAACGUCCCAGACAAUUUGGAGAUUGAAAUCGCUUAGUUCAAUAAACAGUAAAGAAUAGGUUACACAAAUGGUGAUAAUAAUAUGGAAUUAUUAUUUUAGUUUUUUGACUUGUAGAAUUUAUUUAGGUUUAUGUACAGGCUGUAUGUUGUAAAUUUCUUGGAUUUAAUUUGUUCUUGUUGAAAACGGGGCAUAUUCAUGAUACUCUAAAUAAAAAUCCUGAGAUACAACCGCUCACGUUUAUAAAAAUCGAUAUAGAUAAUAGGCAUUCGAUUUCAAAAUGAUUGCAACAUAAACGAAGAUCUUUCAACUUUUAUCGUAUUUAUUAGUUUAUUUUGAUUUAAACUGUGUCAUUCACUAUUCCGCGGACACUUUAAAAAAUUUAAGCAAAGACAUAAGAUGUCCUGGACGUGCAAUAGUUUAUUUCACUGUAAUAAAACAUCUGUGUGAUUUAACUUUUCUUUAAUAAAUAUCACGAAGUAGAAAAACAAUACAUGAAAAUUGGUGAUGAAUUUCCUACUUCAUAUUCAUGAUAUUAAACUUAUGUAACUAGAAAACCUUCAAGAGCUUUCAAAGUUUUGUAAAAUAUGGUCUCGAAGGUUCGAUGAUAACGUCUAAUUCCAAAACAUUCUCGAGCAUCGUUAGAAUAAAAAUGAAUAUGAAUUGAAAAUUUAGUGAAGCAAAGAAUUUAACGAAGGCAUUUCUUGAAAACUUUCAGUUCAUUCAUGUGUAUGUAAAUUUGAUUAUGUCAGAAAAAAACUGUUGAGUGUAUCCAUGCGUAUUUAACAUGGAUGAAAAUUCUCCCAUACAGAUAGUUUUUUUUUGACAAUUUUACUUAUAAAUAUUGUCCAUGCAUGAUUUAAAUUUUACUGUUCUCAUAAAUAGACUUUUAGUAGGUCGGGUUGUGUGGGGUGGAAUAAGCACGAGGAGAAACUCGAACGAUAACCGGCUGUUCUGGUUCCAACAAUUCCGCGUUGUUUCUUUCAGCAUUAGAACUUGAAUCUUUGCAAUUUUUUGCAGAGUAGACCGCGCGAUAGAAACAUUUUUAUACUCUUGUUGAAAAUUAAAACUCCCUUUUUCCAUAGACAUCUUGAUUGCUGUUUUCGUUUCUUUCAGAGUGACUGUUAUUUGCAUAUCAGCAUCGUUAUAUUUAUAGUUUUUUGUCAUAGAUGCAUUAACAGAACUAAGCAAUACAUUUAUCUUCAAUGAAUUCUUUAUUAGGGGAAUAGUUUUUCUUACUUUAAAAUCAUUCGAAUGCAGUGGCUAAAAGUUGUUUGGCAAAAACUAAAAGACAGGAGAUGGAUGAUCCAAUUAGUUGAAAUAUGUGUCAAAACAAAAUAUUCGGCCUUUUAAAAAUUCAGAUUAUACAUUUUUUAAAAAUAAUAUUUAUAAUAUAAUUAAUUUUUAAAAAUACAAAGUUUACGAUAAAUUAUGAUAUCCAAAAAUAGACUACAAAAUAUAAUGUGACAUAAUUAUACUGGACAACACGUUUUGUCUUCUAUAAUAAUUACAUGAGAUACGAAAUUGUGAUGAUUGGGCCAUUUGGUUGUCUCUUUACAUGUUAAUUAUGUUGAUUUAAAUGUAUUUUGUCUGUAAUAAAUCGACUAUAUCGGCGCAGUUCAAAAAGCAAACAACAAGAUAAUUUUUAAGAUGGAAAUAUUAAAGUUUAUUAUUGUAUUGAAAAUUCUGUCAUCAGUUUAAUUUAAAACUCAUAAAUUGUAUCACUCGAGUUACGAGAUAUUGAAGUUUUACUCUAAUCCUACUCAUCCUAAGUAAAUCAUUUUUCAGUAAUAAUACAUUAAAAAAUACAUCCUUAAAAAUAUUGAGUUGUACUUUUUGAACUGAAGUCUUGUUGAGUGUAUUUGUCUUGUAAAUGCUAAAUCAUGAAAUGCAAUCUAGACUGUGACUUUAAGAAUAAUAUACUUUUAUAAUAAACUUUUCUCAAUUGUUUAAAGAAAAGUUAUUGCUAUGGUUAGAAGUAAAAGUUUAUUGAUUCUUGUUCAUGCUAAGUGUUCGGGUAUUUUCUGUGAAAUAUACCUCUAC